CACUGGGUGAAACUACAGCAUGUCACAAGCGUCUUCUUCACGGAUCACCACUAAUGCUCAGAACUCCAAUUACUGCUCUACACCCGCUCAACCACAACAUGGGAUACGUUUCUUCAACCUCGCAGGUGUGGAGCAAGAAAAUUUAGUUUUAACACCAUCGAUCUACGGAUUUUUUGAUGAGACGAGUGGUAAUCCAUACAUGCAAUAUGGAGCCCAUCAAUCUCAAAAGGAAAAACCGUUCAGAGAAGUUUGUUCAGAGAACAAACUUACACUCAAAAACCGUCCUUCCAAAAGCAAAACCCGCCAGGACUUUUCCACCCCUAAACACAAACCGUUUGAAGUCAUUGACCUGCUUACACCACCGCCGGUUCGCCAACCUCUCUUCCUCCACUCCCCGGUUGCGAGCAUUCAACCUCACCAGCUGUUUGCAGCACCAGCAAAACCACCCACCUUGCAAAACAACCGGGUCCAAACGGUUGUACCACAAGGAACGAUUCCAUCAACAAACCCAAGGCUUCUCACACUGAGCGUUGAAACUUUGCCUCAGACGGCACAAGACGAGCAUGCAUCAUAUGAAGCAGGUCCCCUCGCUGCAGGAGGAGACAAGGGGGAGGUGGACUCCGCAAACCCCCCUCAAACUGAUGAAGAAAACCCUGGAACCGCUUCACAGGAAGCAGGCCCCCUCGCUGCAGGAGGAGACAAGGGGGAGGUAGACCCUGCAAACCCCCCUCAAAUUGAUGAAGAAUCAGACCUCUGCUCCUCGGCCUCUCUUCACUUUUCAUCCAUAUGCUGUUUUUACUCAUUUAUUUAAUUGUAUUUUUUUAUUUAGUUAUUUAUAUUUAUUUUUAAAUUUAAGUUUAUUUAUUUUUUCGCAGCACCUGAUACCAUCCGGAGAAGACGGUCCUUAAGAAGAAAAAGUAAAAGACUCAGUCUCAUCAUACUAAGUUCUACCCUCGAGAAAAUCCAGAGCGUAAUUCCGAAACUCUUCACAAAAGUGGUUACCAUUCGAAGGCUUGCAGCGGAAUUUGCAUCGAUUAUUCAACAAAUUCCAUACUGGGCCGUAGAGGAACCUACUACCACCGGAGAGCUGAGGAGCUUAUGAGAACCUGCAUCUUUCUCCUGGACGAAAACGCCAAGAUCUCGACGCUACAGUAGAGUUAACCUUUUAAAUUGUGACCUCUGUAAACAUGGGUAGUCAGCAAAUGAGAAAUGCUUUGUAUCAAAUUGUUGAAGCUGUGAAUGAACUCCAUAAUCUCCCUGUACACCCUGCAACCGAAUUUCUCAAUCUAACCCCAAAUUCCCCCCUCAGAACUCAGGGUCCGGAUUGGAAUCUUGAACGUUUACUAUCUGUAGAACGAGCCAU